AUGUUUUUUUCUCCACCCCCCUCAUCCCUUCUUCUUCCUCCGUUCGUUCCUUCUAUUCGUCCUGCUUUCUUUCUUUCUUUCUUUCUUUCUUGUAUUUUUCUAAAGUUUUUCAUCUUUUCGUUUUUCUUCUUCUCUCUUUUUUUUUCUUGGGUCAUGUUUAAAGCAUUUUUCUCUUUUCAUCAACACCAUGUUUUUUUUCUCUCCACCCCCCUCAUCCCUUCUUCUUCCUCCGUUCGUUCCUUCUAUUCGUCCUGCUUUCUUUCUUUCUUUUUUUUUCUUUCUUUCUUUCUUUCUUCAUUUUUUCUCUUUUCAUCAACACCAUGUUUUUUUUCUCCCCCCUCAUCCCUUCUUCUUCCUCCGUUCGUUCCUUCUAUUCGUCCUGCUUUUCUUUUCUUUCUUCGUGGUAGUUUUCAUCCCCAAUUUUUUCUCUCUCCCAACAUUCCUUUCCAUUUCUUUUCUUUCUUUUCUUUUCUUUCUUUCUUUUUGUUUUCUUACGUUUUUCAUCCUUUUCUUUCUAUCUUUCUUUUUUCUUUCUUUAUUACCUUCUUUCUUUCUUUCUUUUUUUCUUUCUUUCUUUCUUUCUUUUUGUUUUCUUACGUUUUUCAUCCUUUCUUUCUAUCUUUCUUUUUUCUUUCUUUAUUACCUUCCUUUCUUUCUUUCUUUCUUUCUUUCUUUCUUUCUUUCUUUCUUUCUUUUAGGUUUCUUACGUUUUUCAUCAUUGCUUUCUUUCUUUCUUUCUUUAUUCCCUUUCUUUCUUCCUUUCUUUCUUUUUGUUUUCUUACGUUUUUCAUCCUUUCUUUCUAUCUUUCUUUUUUUCUUUCUUUAUUAGCUUCUUUCUUUCUUUCUUUCUUUUCGUUUUCGUACGUUUUUCAUCCUUUCUUUUUUUCUUUCUUUUCUUCUCUGCUUUCUUACGUUUUUCUUCCUUUUCUAUCUAUUCUUCUUCUUAUAACAUUUAUUCUUGAAUCCAUCUUUAAAACAUUUUCUGUUUCCAUCCUCACUAAAUUUCCUUCCCCAUUAUUGUCUUCCUUCCUUCCUUUCUUCCUUCAUUUUAUUCAUCAGUCCUUCCCUACUUCUUUCUUUCAUUCUUUCAUUCUUUCUUUCUUUCUUUCUUUCUUUCAUUCCUUCAUUCUUGCUUUAUUUCUUUCAAUUAAUCAAGAUCAUUUCGUUCGGGAUGUCUUUCUUUCUGACUUUCAUUCAUUCUUUUUUUCAUUCAUUUUUUCUUUCUUUCUUUCUUUCAUUCCGUACUUUUAUCUUUCAAGUUGUCAAAAUAAUAUCAUUUUGAGUGUUUAUCUUUCUUUCUAUAUACUUUAUUUCUUUCAUUCCUUCAUUUUUUUCUUCUUCCUUUUUUUUCAUGGAUUAAUUCAUUUUCUUUCUUUCUUUCUUUCAUUCUUUCUUUCAAUUAAUCAAAGUAAUUUGGUUUGUGGUGUUAUUCUUUCUUUCAUUUACUUGAUACUUCUUCAUUUCAAUUUGGCAAGAUCAUUCCAUUUGAAUUUUCCUUUUUUAAUAUUCAUUCAUUAUUUCUUUCUUUCAUUCUUCCAGUUCUUUGUUGUCCCUCCUUCAUUUCUUUCCUUCAUUCUUUCUUUCAUUUAUUCAUUCAUUCUUUUUUUCUUUCUAUUAGUCAAGAUAAUUUCAUUGUUUUUUUUUUGUUUUUUUCAUUCAUUAUUUUCAUCUAUCUUUCAACUUAAAGACAAUUUCAUUUGGGAUGUCCUUCUUCCUUCCUUCCUUUUUUUCUUUUUUUCUUUCUUUCUUUCUUUCUUUCUUUCUUUCUUUCUCGACUACCGGCUCCCUUCCCUUGUUUAUUUCCACAUUCUUUCGAUUCUCUUCAUGUUUUUAAUCAUCUUGCGUUCUUUCACACUUUAUUCUUCUUUCUUUCUUUCUUCUUUUUUUUCUUUUUUCUUUCUUUCUUUACUUCUCCCUUCCCUCCUUUAUUUCCAUAUACUUUUGAUUCUCUACAUGUUUUUAAUCAUCUUGCGUUCUUUCGCACUUUAUUCUUCUUUGUUUCUUUCUUUGUUUCAUUCUUUUUUUUUGUUUCUUUCCUUCUUUCUUUACCUCUCCCUUUCCCUCCUUUAUUUCCACAUACUUUCGAUUCUGUACAUGUUUUUAAUCAUCUUGCGUUCUUUCACACUUUCUUUCUUUCUUUCUUUCUUUCUUUCUUUCUUUCUUUCUUUCUUUCUUAUCAGCUACAUUUUUCCGUGA